AUGUCAAUCCUCAAUAAUUCAACAGCCAAUUGUGAUGAGGAAUCAAAAGCAUCUGGAAUGUGCUUCAAUAUGCAAAUCUGUGGGUAUUGCUAUAAUUAUGCUGAAACUCCACAUGUUUCAAAAGAAUACGAACAAUUUAAUAUGGUUAGUUCAUUUGUUGCGACAUUUGUUAAUUAAUUAAAAUUCGGCUCACAUUUUUUUUCUCUCUGCAAAUGAAUCUGAGAGUUCAAAAAACACACAUAAACUUCCUGAAUCCAGCAAAAUGAGAUGGAUAUGUAUUCAUAAUUCUCACUACCUCUUGUUGAGUCUCAACAAAAAAACCAAUAUAUUUUUGCUCUUUCAACGACCUACUAGGCUGAUUAGUUCAACCACCACUAAUUCCCUUCUCAAGGCAUUUUUUGCACAGCCAAAGUGUUCUUUUUUUCGUCACCCCCCACCAAAAUGAAAUGGAAUGGAAUGAGAUAAUUUUUGGCGGGUUGUCUUGUUUUUGUCGUCGUCCACAAAAAAAGGGAGAGGAAAUUGAAAGCACAGAAAAUCGAUUAUUUUUUUGCCAGGUUGUCAUUGGUGUUCUUCUACCGACGAUUGGAGUUUUGGGAUUGAUUGGGAACACGUUGUCAGCGUUCACUUAUUCGAGACGCGAGAUGAUAUCCAGUUUGAAUGUGUGAGUUUGAGAUCUCUUAUGAGAACCUUGCUAGCCACAAUCUGAAGCUCAGAUGUUUGAGCCUCAGAUGUGAGUCCAAAUUCUUGAUCGCAAAGCUCAAGUUCCAGAUCCUGAAGGCCCAAAGCCCAGAACUUUUCAAAAGAUCGAACACCUAAAGCUCAGAACUAAUCCUAACUUCCAAAAUGUUCAAGCCUGAAGCCCAAUUUCCUGAGCCUAAAUUUCAAUUGUCAUAGCCUGAAGGCCAAGUUCCCUUCUGAUGAGCCUGAGCCCUCGAUUUCCAGUCCAAAAAUAUUAAAGAUUUGAAGUUUAGUGAAAUCCCGCCACAGUUAACAAACAGACAAUUUUAUAUAUUUUUUUGAGAAACCUUCGGACCCUCUACUUUCAAAACAAAGUCCCAUCAACAAAAUUCAUGUAAUUUUUCUCUAGAAUAAUACAUACGUAUAUAGAAAAAUUGGGAUUAUUGAAUUUCUCUUCCGCCCCGUGUUUUUGUUGUUUUUUUUGUUUGUUCGUUCGUCCGUUCCUCUCAUCAAUUUUAUUCCAUUUCCAAUGAGGGCACUACGAUUAAAUUCAUUUCCAUUCCACAUAAAAACAUUGUCCUUUAAUUUUUUCUGAUCGAAGAACCCAUGGGUAUUUCCUGAAAUUUGACCUUUUUUCUGAAAGAUAAGUAAAUUUUUUUUUCGAAAAUCUCCUGUUUCACCCGAAGCAGUCUAUUCUAUUUUUACACACAAACAACACAAAAAAAACCAAAAUUUAACCAACCCGGAGAAAAUAUUUGUUUUUAAUAAUAAUCGAGAAGGAGAGGAGACGAAAAAUAUUGGUUCGCUCAAAAUACACAAUUUUCUUCUAUAUAGACAGAUUUCAAGAUGGAAGUAGAAUUUUUCUGAAAUAACAUUUAAGGGUAAUGAGUCUUUGACCGACAUUUAAACGGGUUGAACCACCCGAUAUGGAAAAAUAAGGAAUCAAUAAAUUCACAGAAAAACACAAUUUUUUUGGAAAACAAUUCAAAAAUUUCAAAUUUCCAGCUAUCUCUUCUCAUUGGCCUGCUCGGACAUUAUAAUCAUUCUAACUGCCUUCUUCUUGUUCUUCCUGGAAAAUAUGAGAAAACGAUCUGAAUAUGCUACAUACUACUUCGCAGUUCUGUCACCCGUCAUGUUUCCAUUGGGACUCAUUGGACAAACUCUUUCAGUAUUCAUAACAGUCGCUUCAGCUUUCGAUUGUUUUGUUUUGGUCGCCGCUGGUGAAAAAUUCAAAAACAAAUUCUGCUCAGUCUCCACGUCGAUUUGUGUGAGUAUGGGAUCAUCUUGAAAAACUUGAAUUUCAGCGGAAAUGCAGAGAUCUGAUUUCCUGUAAUUUUGAAAUUCAAUUUUUGAUCUCUCUCAUUCGCGCGGGUUUUCCGGGAUUAAAUAUAAUGUUCUUGAAAAAAACGAGACGGCUAUUCUUGGAAUAUGAUUAUUUUGUGGUUUCUGAUUUUUCCGAGACUGAAUUUCUGUUUUCUUUUUUAUGUAGCUCAAAAAAUCUUUUGGAAUUUCAAAGAUCCUUUUUUCCUGACAUGAACAUCUGAAAUACUACAAAACUGCGCUCGCAAAGUUCGAAACUUAUUUUUUGGGCUCUAAAAGUCAUCUUAAAUUCAUCUUUAAAAAAUUAUUUCAUUACAUUUACUAAAUCUCCUCAGCCAGAGUCCACACAUUUUUCUAACUCACAGAACUCCUCCAUCAAUAUCUAUAAUUUUUCAGAUCCUCUGUAUGAUCAUCAUAAUCGGAUUCGUCUACAACUCUCCCCACAUGUUUGAAAUCUACGUGAUCGAUUGCUGGAGUCUCACCUACAACACACGUUCCAAAGAUGUCUGUCCAACUGCACUGCGAGCAAAUCCGGUAAAUAUUUUCUAUUUAUGUAUUUUUUGAACCCAUCAAAACAUUCUUUGUAUUUUGGUCUGAGCUCACACUUCGAUGAGGAAGUUUUAUUAAAUUUCACCACAUUUUAUCCUCCUCGUCUGUGUGUAUUUUGGCAAGACAACUAAUGAAUGGCCCAGGAAAAAAAGGGAUUAUGGUCGGGUCAAUGAAGUUUUUUUUUCAGGACUAUCUCACGAUCUAUUAUGCUUAUAUGUAUACAAUUGUGAUGGCUGUUGGACCGGUGGUGUUAUUGAUUGUUAUCAACACUGCGAUUGUUUUGAGCAUGAGAAAAUCUUCAAAUAAUGGAACUGAUUCCGAUAUCAUCACAUUGGUUUUGGUUGUUUGUUUGUUUAUCACUUGUAACAUUUUGGUGAGUUUUUUUUGUAAAAAAUAGAAAGAAAAAGCAUUUUGUUUACCCAAAGAUAAAAAAAAAGAGUUCAAAAAAUUAAUCAAAUCUUUGCAGCCACUAACUGUGAAUUUCUUGGAAUUGCUCUUUGGAAUCAUCAACAGUUAUCUCAUCGAUUUAUCGAAUUUGAUGGUUGUCGUCAACUCGUCGUGCAAUUUCCUGAUCUACUACGCGUUCGGCUCACAUUUCCGUCGAACUCUUCGUCAUUAUAUCAAAAAUGCUUGGCUACGACAUUUCGGAUCAAAUCGGAAUAAUAAUCGCGUUCCAACUCGUGUCAAAUUGUGUUUACCAGCAACGGAAAUUCUUAUUUGA